GCUAUUUGGACCCAGAAGUCGUACUCUGAGUUGCUAAAAACACUCGGUGAUACCAGAUUGGCCACUUGCGUGUACUCCUCUCUAAAAGUUUAUCAUUGAUUACGCUUGGGGCACCACCGAGAGAAUGGCUGUCAUGCCCGCCUACAGAUAUGUCCAAAAGCUUUUGAUUGCCGUCAAUUUAUGUGUUCCGGUUAACAACUGCUUUGGUGUUGAGAGACUACAGGCUGGAGAGCGUCCAAUCCUUGAAGCACAGCGAGGAAGAAACCAUCAGGAAAAAAGGUUUCAUGUCCAAGCUCUAGGCUUACACCGAGUAGCACCUGCACUCCUCCUUUACCAAUAUUCUGGCCCAUUCAGCUUCACAUCCUAAAAUUAAGAUGGAAAAAUAACCACGGUAAGCCAUGCCAAAU